AAUCAGCGCUCUUCUACUUCCUCUAUGAGCAUCGCCCUCUGCUUGGGUAACAGGCAAUGUUUCAGCUGACAAGCACCGGUCGGGUUGGCUGAAAGAAAGGCGGGGGAAGUACUUCGCAAGGUACGCAGCACCCAUGGCUGAAUCAACGCCGUCGCCAAAGGCGAUACUGCGAGGGCACAAGGCCCAGAUCCAUGCCACCACGUUCGUGAGACACAACGAGCGCCUUGCGACGGGCGAUGCCGAGGGCUGGGUCGUGCUCUGGGACUUGACCAUCAUGCGGCCAAGAGCCGUGUGGAGGGCUCACGAAAAUGCGAUUCUCGGCAUCAGGGGGUGGGAUCGCGAUAACAUCAUCACCCAUGGCCGCGACCACAAACUCAUUGUGUGGAGGGUCAGGGAGGAGGACGAGGGCCGCCUCAGCGUCGCGCUACCCCUGGAAGAAACCCCCACGCCACGACCUCAGCCGUGGGUGCUUCACCUCCUCGAAGUCAACACGAUGAACUUUUGCUCAUUCGCUGCUUGUCUCGGUGACGCCGCCCAAGGCUCCUUGGACAGUGCCGCGUCCACAGCGCAAGUCCUAAUCGCCGUCCCCAAUACACUGGCGUCUGAAGCCAUUGACAUCUACGCCCUCCCCAGCCAAACCAGGAUCCACACCAUCAAAACUAGCCAAACCAAUGGCAUGGCCAUGAGUCUGUCUCUCUUUCACCACGAUGGGUGUUUGACACUAGUUGCAGCAUUCGAGAACGGUUUCGUGUCGGUGCACCGACUUGACUCUGAUGGGUUUUGGACCAUGACUUACCGGUCCAAAGCACACACGCAGCCGAUCCUAUCCAUAGAUGUUCAUCCUAGCCGAGAGUGCUUCUUCACUUCGGCAGCAGACGCCUUGAUAGCGAAGCAUCCCGUUCCAACCUCCUGCCAAGAAGUGGAUAAACUGAAAGAGUGGGAGCAUCCGCUCAAAGUGGUCAACACCAAGCAUUCCGGCCAACAAAGCCUCAAAGUUAGGUCCGACGGAAAGCUGCUGGCCACGGCUGGAUGGGAUUCCAAGAUACGCGUGUACUCAACAAAGACCUUGAAGGAGCUGGCCGUGUUGAACUGGCACAAAGUUGGAGCCUAUGCGGUUGCUUUUGCGUCCGUCGACGAGCCGAGCACUCCUUUGACCACUUCGCAGCCUACAGAUUCCAUGCAGCCUGUCGAAAGAGACAUGAGAGAUACCACUGAUGUAUUACAAGAUGAAGAGGGCUCGACUGGUUCUCGACAAGUCAGGAGCCUGGCCAAGGGAGCUGGAAUGAGCGUCAAAGACCGCAGGGUUCAGCUUGCAAAAACAGCACACUGGAUUGCAGCAGGAGCAAAAGACGGAAAAGUGAGCUUAUGGGAUAUAUACUGA